ACCAAGGGGAGAUAACACAUAACUGUCACGUCAGGCGAUCGGCGAUCACACCAGUGACCAUGUCUGUCCACGAUUCAUUAACUCUACAUAUUACGGCUGACAAGUUUUAUGUAGAACCAAAAGAUUCUAAAGACAGUGAGAUACUUAUAAUUGACCGUGUUUCACAGGAAAUAAGCCUUCAAGGAAAUGCUGAGAUACCUCCUGCUGUGACCAAGUCAAUAUGGGGAAUCUUUGGUAUCAUACGAUUGACAGCUGGACCCUAUCUCAUUGUGAUUACAAAGAAAGAGAAAGUAGGAGAGAUAUGUGGACAUACAGUAUGGAAAGUUACAGAUACAGAAAUGCUCUCAUAUAAAAGAACUACUUUGCAUCUGACAGAGAAACAGACCACAGACAACAAAACAUAUGUCAACUUGGUAGAACAUUGUCUAAAGACAGAAAGUUAUUAUUUCUCAACUACUUAUGAUCUCACUCACAGUCUACAAAGAUUGAGCAACACAAGUAUCGACUUUCUUAGUAUGCCACUUCAUGAGAGGGCAGAUUCUAGGUUUACAUGGAAUGGUCAUAUUCUUAAAGAACUAACACAGCAACCAGAACUACACCGAUUCUGUCUACCUGUUUUACAUGGAUAUAUUUGUAUAACACCAUCGCUAAUAAACAACAGAUCAUUUGACCAUAUUUUGAUAUCGCGGAGAUGUGUUUUGCGAGUUGGUACUAGAUUCUGGGUCAGGGGAAUCGACACCGAAGGUCAAGUGGCCAACUUUGUAGAAACAGAACAGAUUGUAGAAUAUGAAAAAGUCAGAUGUUCAUAUGUACAGACAAGAGGAUCAAUACCUAUAUUCUGGUCACAACGACCUAAUUUGAAGUACAAGCCAAAAAUUAAAAUCAAUGCUGCCAAUUAUCCAGAAGUAUUUCAAAGACAUUUUGACAACCAGGUCUAUAACUAUGGAGAACAAACGAUUGUUAAUUUGGUUAACCAGGCCGGAUCAGAAGGACUUCUAGAAAAAUCUUUUUCUCAAUUUAUAACAAAUUCUCAGAAUAAAAAAAUGAGAUAUGAGUAUUUUGAUUUUCACCACGAAUGUGGAAACACAGGAUUACGUUGGGAUAGACUAUCUAUAUUGAUGGACAGAUUAUCGGAUGACAUUAGAAGACAACAUUAUUUUAUGAUGCAAAAAGAUGGUACAGUUUUGUCCCAACAAGAAGGGAUCUUCAGGACUAAUUGUAUUGAUUGUUUAGAUAGGACCAAUGUUGUACAGAGUUUGAUUGCCAAAGUGGUUUUACAAAAUCAGUUAACAAAACUAGGUAUACUGGAUCAAGGCCAACAAAUUAAAGACUGUAAAACAUUUAAUUACACAUACAACAAUGAUUGGGCAGAUAAUGCAGAUGUGAUGUCAAAACAAUAUGCAGGGACAGGUGCCCUGAAGACAGAUAUUACAAGACAAGGAAAAAGAACAAAAUAUGGGUUGUUAAUGGAUGGUUGGAAUUCAUUGAUAAGAUAUUUCAAAAACAACUUCAGUGAUGGCUUUAGACAGGACUCGAUGGAUUUGUUCCUAGGAAAUUACAUAGUAGAAGAGAAUGAAGGUGUAGUCAGACCAUCACCAUUACAGUCAGAGAGAGAUUGGAAGUUUUAUGCCAUUCCUGUUGUAUUUGUAAUAGCCACAGCCAUGUGUUUAAUUUGUAUUCUAAUACCUGAUGAGAAUAUCAGCACACAGUUGAUGUACAUAUUGUUUUGGGGAACAGCUAGUUUCCUAUCCAUGGCAGCCAUUUAUAUAUUUGGCUCGGAAUUUGUUGACACUCCAAAAUUAGUACACUCAAAAGACCUAUCUACUUCAAAUUUUUACGACGCCGUGAAAACAACCAAGACAUCAUGAUAAAAAUAGAAUCUUAGAAAAAAAUGAAUAUUUUGAUGGUGCAAUGUUGUAAAUUAUAGAAUUAGGCUGCAGUAAUGUUCAUUUCUGUUUUGAGUUUUCAUAAAUUCUGUUGAAAUAAUUAUAAAAUCUAAUAAUGUCACUAUUUUUUUUUAUAAAACAUGUUUUUUCAAUUUGAUAGUUAUUUUAAGGAAAGAAUGGUUUUAUAUGUGUAUGUUGUAUUUUUGUUUAUAAAAGCGUACUGUAUGCACAUAUUUGUGGGAGGGCAAGAAUGAACAUUAGACUUAUUUCCAAUUGAUUUUCUCUCUUUAAAUUAAAAGUUAACUAUUACAAAAAAAAGAAAUUAUCUCCCUUAUAAAGCAAAUGAUUGUCUUGAUAAUCUAAAUGCAUGGUAUUCACAAGUCAACUAUAAGUGUUCAACAUUUUCAAAAUGAAAAGAUGGCCAAUUCAAGUUAAAACAAAAAACCCUCAACAGGCAAACACAGAAUAUCUUGAUUUUAAAACCAUAGCCAUAUUUUGCGGUUGAUUGUGUGCUUUGCUAUAACUCAAAACAGAAAUAAACCAACGAUUUGAUAGAAUUUUGUAAAUAUUAAUUGUCUCCAGUUGUACAGGGAUCAUUAGGUCAAAUAUUGUAAUUAUUUAAUCCUUAUCAUGAAAUUGAGUAUGUUAUUUCAUAUCUAAAAUUUUUGUCUAUUUGAGGUUGUAUUACUGUAAAUUCAAAAACUAUUGUGGCAUUUAUUAUUGCAAUUUUUGACAGUUUAGACUAAAAUGCAAUUUUAAUUUUUAAGAUAUAGAAAAACAUCCUGUUUAAUUCAUAUAAAAAAUUUCAAAAUCCAAGGUUUAAAUGAUUGUGAUUAUUACCCUGUUGCAUUUUUUGCAAUAAUGAAAACAUCGCAAUAAUGAAAACAUUGCAAUAAUUUCUGUAUUUAUAGUAUUGUAAAGGUUAAUCUUUUGUUCCUGAUCAGGUCAACAUCACCAUUUUUCCUGUAAACUCAAAGCUUUGUCCUCAAUAGUUAUAGUUGACCAACUUUAUAUGAGAUGUUCACAUAGUGAACCAGUACUUUGGAACAAAUCAAAUAAUAUUGAUUUCACCCCUUUUCUGGAAAAAGAGUCAGUAGCUACUUAGAUAUAUUUUCUCAUAAGUUUCAAUAUAUGCUUUUAUUUUUUUCUUCAGAUUUUAAUGCAGAUUUAAUUUCUAUUAUAAUUUGUAUUUAUAUUAUGUCAAUUGAUUACAUAAGAUGUAUUGUUUCAAGUUAGGGUUAUUACACUAAAAAUGUCAACUUUUAAUGUUAAGCUCAAUUUGAAUGCAUUUUGUCUCACAAUAAAAUAUAAUAUUUUGGCACCUUUAAAUUUUUUGGAAGGUUUUUUUUUUUUUUUAUAGCUAUAAAGGGACAAAACGAGGAAAAAAUCACAGAAUUUAUGUUUCAUCCAAUUUAGAUUCCUUUUUUCUGUAGCAUGUGCAGGGUUCUUUAAACUGGAGAUUUCUGGUUUACUGAAUAUUUUACAUUGUCAUAUUUUACUUUAUAUUAACUGUAAAUGCUAAAAGGGACCUAUUUAUUUUUAAGAAUCAUUCUUUUCUUUGUCACCGUAUAUUAACUUUUAUGCAAUAAGAAUUUAAUCCUUGUGCAAUAUGUAUUUAAAUUGAAGUAAUAUCAGAUAACAUAAUAUUUUGAUUGUUUGUUGUUUUACUGACCAUCCAGAGGUAAUUAUUACAUACAUUUUUAGGGUGAAACCAAUGACAGAAAAUUCCAUUUACACAACUGGUGCCAUUUCUUACUCUAAAAAACAGUUUAAAAAUCAAUUUUUAGAGUUAAAAUCAUUAACCAAAUUCUUAAGUGCACAGAAUGUAGAAUGUAGGUAGAAAGGAUAAGAUGAAGUCAAAGCAAAUUAAUAUGUUUUCAUUUCAAUUUAAACCAUGCUAUAAACGCCAUUAUCACUAUUUUACAAAUUUUUCCAUUCUUAUUACAGUAGAGUGAUAUGAAAAAUUAUUGCUAGAAACUAAGGGUGCACAUGCACGUUAUCAAUGAUAUUAACAACGUCUUCAUAGGUAAAAUAGCAAUAAACAGAUUAUCAAUGGUCACCUCAACUCGUAAGCUUAUUUUACUUUCGCUGUACUAUCUCAAAUGAGAAAAUCAAUCUUUUUGAAAUGAUCAACGAUAAUCUAAAAGUAUCCUCUGGAAAAUUUAUAAAAAUAGAAUCUUGCUUUGACAUUGUUUUUGUAAUCAUUUUAUGUUUAUUACAUUUUUAUUAGCUCACUAUAAUAGUUCUUGUUAUCAAUGGAGUGAGUGUAAGUAUGUUGUUGUAUUUGAUAAUAUAUAUUUCGUUUAGAUAUAUGAUAUAUACUUGUAAAGUAUUUAUUCAACUUCUCAUUUCUGAUUACUAUUAAGUAUAUAUACACAUUGUGUUAGGAUUGAAAAGUAAAUUGUUUUAGUGGACAAAUAUUUGCACCAGUGGUGACAGAAAUAGAAAAUGAGAGUUUAAGUAAGAAUCCAUGACAGGAAGUACUUUUCAAUAUAUCUAGUGGUAGAUUCAAGAACUUUCAAAAAUAUCUCGAAUGGUAAAGGAUUCCAGUGUUAAAUUUCUGGAUUUUUGUUAAAGAAAGGACAAGCUAUCAAGACAAUAAAAUCGACAUUGUUAAAGAUAAAAUAAAUCAGACCUGUGAAGGAAAGUUUAUUUGAUUUUUUGUGCAUUUUGAUAUUCUUCACAUUUCUGUCUUCAUAAAUAUAAAAUUCCUUUAUAUUUUAUGAAAGCCCAGUUUGCAAAAUAAUUUUAUUAUCAAUAUGUAAUUGAAAAUCUCUUCAAUGUUAUACCCAUAAAUGUAAAUUUCUUUAUUAGCUUGGUCAGUUUAAAAUUAAAGUCAGUGUCAAAACACUAAAAAAUAUCCAAGUAAAAUUGCCAUCAGUAAUAAGAGAUUAUCUUUAUGCAUCAGUGUAGAAAAUGAGUGAGAAGGAAAAUCACAAAAAUCUCUUCUUCAAUAUGUAACUUACAUGAUAUUACAGGUAUGUUAAAUUUACUAAAUUAUAAUCCUGGUACCUUUGAUAACAAUUAGUAGACCUUCAAAGAUUUGUCACCAAUGUGUAAUGUUAAAUCUGAUGUUUUCUUAUUGGUAUCUCUCUCUCUCUCUCUCUCUCUCUCUCUCGUCCUAUUUUUCUGUUUUCUUAAAUAUUUGUUUGGUGCAUUUUGUCCAUUUUAUCUUAAUAUACCAAUUCAAUUUGAAUAAAUUUCUUCAACAUUUUUCAUUAGCCAUGUGAUAUCUCGAAGUUUCUUAUAAAAAUAAGGAAAUGUGUUACAAAUUAUUAUUACUUAAUUUUGAGCCUGUUAAAAUUAUACCGUAUCACAAAUACAUGUAGUAGAAAUCCUUAGCAUACAUGCAUAUUGUAUAAUUUGUAAUUUAUAAUUUCAAUUGUACAUAGAGAUGAUAUUUAUCAAACAAAAAUAAUGGAAUUAAAUAAAAGUCGAUGAAACUGACAA